CCUCCGAUUCCUUGUCUUAUCACUUGCGAGCUCUCAUGGCCUCACACCCAGCGCGUUAAAGCAAGCUCUGACAGCCCGACCCCAUGAGGCAGCCGCACCUCCUCUCGCCGCACCACCCCUCCCCCGUCCUCUCCUCCCACUUCUCGCCGCCGCCGCAGCGGGGCUGCUCGCCGUGGCGGUGGCGCCACCGCCGGGCCUUCCACCCGCCGCUCUCCUCGCUGCGGGAGUCCGACAAGGGCACGCUGCGCAAGGCAUCGCCCAACGUCCCCUUCCGCUUCGGAGGCGGCGCCGGCGGCGGGAGCCCCAAGGACCGGCGACCCGCCGCCGACGAGAAGAAGAAGCAGGAGGAGAAGCAGGAGGAGGAGGAGGACGGCGGGUUCGGCGGCUCGGGGGCGCUGACCGGGACGCUGCUCGCCGGGGCGGUGCUGGUCGGGGUCGUUGGGGGGUUCGGGGCGGCCGGGUACGUGUACAAGGACCAGAUCAAUGCCUUCCUCACGCACUUCUCCGGCUUCAUUGAGGGCUAUGGCACUGCUGGAUAUGCGCUGUUUAUACUUGCCUAUGCAGGGUUGGAGGUACUUGCAAUUCCUGCAGUACCGUUAACUAUGUCUGCAGGUCUAUUAUUUGGUAGUGUUACUGGUACUAUUGUGGUUUCAAUCAGUGGGACGCUAGCUGCUGCAGUGGCCUUUCUCAUCGCUAGAUACUUUGCUAGAGAGCGUAUUCUUAAAAUGGUUGAAGGAAAUAAGAAGUUUCUGGCGAUUGAUAAAGCAAUAGGUGAAAAUGGAUUCAAGGUUGUGACUCUACUACGUUUGAGUCCCCUAUUACCUUUCUCCCUUGGGAACUACCUGUAUGGCUUGACUUCUGUCAAAUUCUUGCCCUAUGUAUUGGGCAGUUGGUUGGGUAUGCUUCCAGGAACAUGGGCUUAUGUCAGUGCCGGUGCAUUUGGGAGAGCUAUAAUUCAAGAUGAGACGGAAAUCGGUUUGGGAGGAAACAACCAGCUAUUGACAUUGGGCAUAGGACUAUUAGUUACAGUCGUUGCUGCAACUUACGUAACAAGACUCGCUAAGGAUGCUAUAAAGGAUAUUGAUGAAUAGAAUGGUAGGAUUACAUAGGUAAAAGGGCUAUUCCGAUAGCAGAGUAGCACGCAUUGUACAUCACUGGCAUCUUUUGAUGCGAUCUAAUCUACGAAAUAUAAGCAAUUGUCAGAGGAAAAAGGAUGCGUCUCUUCUCAA